AUGAGAAGAGUCCUCACUUUGAGAUAUAGAUAUGGCCGAUCGAGGCUGUACUCAUCCAAAGACGAUGAAGGUUAUAUGGCAAGGAGACUGGAAGAUUUGAAGGAGCAGAAUACAAUCGAUGAAGAUGACCCAUUGGUGAAGUUGAGCAAAACUGAGAGGUUGGUUGAUAUGGACACCAGACUUAGUGAAUUACACCGUUCAUUACCUCAGAAAUCAUUUGAGAACAACCAUAAAAAUCAGCUACAGUAUGCUAAGGUGCAGGUCCACGUUAACAGACAAUCGAAGGACAUUGCACUUUCGAAGCCCUGGGGCGGUGAUGAAGAUCCACGAGAUACCUCUCUUAGAAUGCUGGUUGAUAGUGUUGCUAAGCCUUUGAAUAGGUCUGCUAGAGUUCAGGGGAAUCUGGGCUUCACCAAAGUGGUCGAUCAGCUCAGUGAACCAAGAAAAGUAAGAGCCAGCAGAAGGAUGAGACGUAAGCUUGAAGAUGCUCAGGACAAUGUGUUGAAAUAUCAAAGAGAUAAGGGACAAGAUAGUGAUAAAAGUGAGCAACUCGAGUUUAGAACACUCUAUGCUGAAAAGUUUACACCACUUGGGUCCUUUGAGAAAUUACGUUCCCUAGCGGACCAAAGAAUUGAAGAGAGUAGGAAACAUGGUGCUUUUGAUAAUCUAGAGAAUCUCAGAGGUAAGCCUGUUGAGAUGCCACGUUUGAAUCAACAUGUCGAUAGAACUGAACAUUAUCUGAACAACAUGCUUAUUCGACAGAAGAUAACUCCCCCAUGGAUUGAGAGUCAAGGUAGAGUCAAUGAAGAUUUGAAUAAUUUUAGGAAAGAGGCUAAAAGUGGAUUUGAAAAUGAACUGAUAUCGCACUUGAAGAAAUCUAGAAUUUACCUUACUGGUGCCAAUAUUGAAUCUAUCAAGAAAAGUAUUAAAGAAAGAUAUGGGUCACCAGAGGAUUUUGUUCUAUCAAGAUUCUCUUGCUGGAAGUCGGCCCAGUUUGCUUACUUUCAAACCAAAACUAAAACACUGAAUAAUAACCUGAGAUCAUACAAUUUACAGGCUCCACUAUCAACUCAGAAGCUCUACUUACUACCCGACAAAGAGUUUAAGAGGGUUUUCGAUUCGAUAAACCUUGAUAAUCUGAUUACCACUGAGUUAAGCCGCGAUGUCAAGCGCGAAAGCGAGCCUGUUGCUGGGAGCACGUCUCAAAGCGUAUUUAGCUGGCGUGGCAUUUUUGGAAUUGGAAGAUAA